AUGGAGGGUAUCAUCAAGCACAUGUCGGAUUGUGCUCCAGAUAGCCCAGGCAAGAGCGACCUCUGGACGUUUCUCAUUUGCGUCGACCAAGCCUUUUUUUCUGAGCGUCUUUUGGAAGCGCACGGCGCGACGGUAGACCUCAACGUGGAGAUGUACAGUCAUGAGAAGAACCACGGCGUGACGCAGUUGGUGUCGAAGGGCGAUGAUCGGAGCCUGCCCCGUCUUGUCAUCAGCAUGUUCGGGUCCCUCCAGCGCGACAUGAGCAAGAAUGUAACCCUCCCUGCUCUCUACUGUCUGAAGCAUCUCAUCCACGAGAUGGUCCACGCCUUCAUCCAGCUCUACCACGACGGCCGCGCGGGAGACGACGUGCACAUCAAUGAUGCCAACGACCCGGAAGGCCCGCGGGCAGGGCACGGGCUGGCGUUCUGGGCGAUAUACAACCACAUCAUCGGUGUUUGCGAGUCGUAUGAUCCGGUACUUGCGGGACUAGGCAGCGCAACAGAGUUGCCCUAUAUGUCCGUCAGGGAUAUGCACACGCGCAGGGUUCGUAACGAUAUCAAGGCCCUCAAGAAACGAGUAGACAAGCUUGAAAGGAGUCUGGAGUAUACCGCUGACGUAGCUGAAAGCGAGCUGGAGGAUAGUGACACUGAGCCAGAGUGGGAUGGAUCAGCGCUCCGUCGGAAGCGGGCUGUCCGUCUCCAGGCCGAACAGGAGCAGGACGAAAGGAUUCGUCGGGUUCGGGCUGAUUUUGAAGAGGGCCGGCAGAGGCAGGACGAGAAGCUCCGCCAGGCGCUGGCGGCUCUCAAAAGGGCCCAGGAGGAGCGCGACGAAGUGAUGCUCUGGACGCAAACCACCCUUCGACGAAUGCGAAUUGUGCAUGAGAAUCACAAUCUCCAGCUCCGUCAGCUCUAUGGGGAUCUUGAGGAGGAGCGGGCGAGCCGGGGGAUAGGAGACGCGAUGCUUCAAGGAUCUCUGACCGCCAUUCAGGAGGACCUUUCAGCGCGCCGAGCGCCUCCACGGCGGCAGCGGCAAGAGACGUCCUCCUCCUCACCUUGGCUUAAGCUUUUGGUCUGUGUCGGGGUAGCCCUUGUAGUUUUAUGGUGA